AUGGCACUCGUGAUGAUGGCACUCGUGAUGAUGGCACUCGUGAUGAUGGCACUCGUGAUGAUGGCACUCGUGAUGAUGGCACUCGUGUUGAUGGCACUCGUGAUGAUGGCACUCGUGAUGAUGGCACUCGUGUUGAUGGCACUCGUGUUGAUGGCACUCGUGAUGAUGGCACUCGUGUUGAUGGCACUCGUGUUGAUGGCACUCGUGUUGAUGGCACUCGUGUUGAUGGCACUCGUGUUGAUGGCACUCGUGAUGAUGGCACUCGUGUUGAUGGCACUCGUGUUGAUGGCACUCGUGUUGAUGGCACUCGUGUUGAUGGCACUCGUGUUGAUGGCACUCGUGUUGAUGGCACUCGUGUUGAUGGCACUCGUGUUGAUGGCACUCGUGUUGAUGGCACUCGUGUUGAUGGCACUCGUGUUGAUGGCACUCGUGAUGAUGGCACUCGUGUUGAUGGCACUCGUGUUGAUGGCACUCGUGUUGAUGGCACUCGUGUUGAUGGCACUCGUGUUGAUGGCACUCGUGUUGAUGGCACUCGUGUUGAUGGCACUCGUGUUGAUGGCACUCGUGUUGAUGGCACUCGUGUUGAUGGCACUCGUGUUGAUGGCACUCGUGUUGAUGGCACUCGUGUUGAUGGCACUCGUGUUGAUGGCACUCGUGAUGAUGGCACUCGUGUUGAUGGCACUCGUGUUGAUGGCACUCGUGUUGAUGGCACUCGUGUUGAUGGCACUCGUGUUGAUGGCACUCGUGUUGAUGGCACUCGUGUUGAUGGCACUCGUGAUGAUGGCACUCGUGUUGAUGGCACUCGUGUUGAUGGCACUCGUGUUGAUGGCACGCGUGUUGAUGGCACUCGUGUUGAGGUGGUGGGAGGGGAGGGGGUGUGGCAGCGGCUGA